AUGAAGAUCGCUGUCACGGGUUGCAACGGUCGCAUAGGUCGACGUGUUGUGCUUGGUGCUCUGAAGCUCAAACACACUGUUAUUGGUUUGGACUGUAUCCUAGCUGACGAUACAGAAUUUCGAGAGGACCCGGGCUUUACUUUCCUUCAAGUCGAUCUUAAAGACUUUGACGAAGCGUUGAAGGCAUUUACAGGAUGUGAUGCAAUUAUCCAACUUGCCUCGUUCUCACAUCCAGGAGACUAUAAAACGGCUACUCACAAUAGCAAUGUUGUGAUCACUUGGAAUGUCCUGCGCGCAGCCGCUGAGCUGGGCAUUACGCGAGUCGCUCAAGCAUCAUCCGUCAAUGUCUAUCAUGGGGUAUUCAGCAAGGAGCCUCAAUUUGAAUACUUCCCUAUCGAUGAAGAUCAUCCCUGCCUACCAGACGAACCAUAUGGUCUUUCUAAAGUAAUAGCCGAAAUGCAAGCUGAUACCAUUGUACGUCGGUAUCCAUCGAUUCGAGUUGCCAGUAUUCGUUUGCAUUGGUCCCUUCCAACUCGCGCUCGGGCAUAUCGAAGUAAUAUGGAACGAGCCAAGGGUGAUCUUUGGGGUUACGUUCAGGAGGACUCAACUGCAGAGGCCUUCCUCCUAGCUGUCACCAUGGAGAACGGGAAGUGGUCUGGACAUGAGCCGUUUUUGAUUGUUGCGCCUCAGACGGCAUGUGACAUAGACACAAAAACGCUCAUACGUGAUUAUUGGCCAAAUGUGCCACACAAGGAUGGGUGGGAGGUUAGUGAGGGUACGGGAUUCUAUAACUGUAGAAAAGCGGAGCAGCUUUUAGGAUGGGUACACAAGGACGUGUAG